ACUUAAUUUUGUAAGUCAGCAGUCGUAAGAAUGUUUCUCCAAAUUUACUUCUUGUGACGUUAAAUUAUUGUUCUUGUUACCAUCAUUUUUAUUGCCAAAUUCACUGAAUUUCUUGUCCGCACAUACUAUCCAAUUAUUGACCAGCCACCGGACAUCCGUAUACAUCAGAUUCUUCGAAGUUUCAGUUCUCAUUCCUCAUGAAUUUUGUAUUCUGAGAAAAACCCAGAUUGGGUGAUUGAACAUCUGUAUCUACUGUUCACGUAGAUGCUAAAAGUGAUAAAAAUUAACCAGAAGUGUAGUUGAAAGGCAACAGUCAUUUUGGAUUUGAAACAAUAGGUGGUUGUUUUAUUGAACUGAAAGCAAAGAGUGCAUUAUUAACAAAUUUACAAUUAGAAGAAACAAUUUCAAGCAGAGUCACAUGACAUGGAUGUCUCUGGAGCUAUGUCUAGAUCUUUAGCCAUUCUGCCUGCUCCCUUGGAAGAGAAAUAUCCCAAGCUACCAGAUUCACCUCAGGUUACUUUAGCGCAGGAACUGACUAGUAAUCACAAAUCUUCUUGCCCUGCUACACUGUCAAGUAACAGCCAAACUACGGGGAAAUUGUUUUCAUCUCCUUCUGGAUGCUCUACAGAUCUUCAGUCUUCUUGUAUGUCUCCUCAAACAUGUCGAUUAAAAGUUUCUCCAUUCAUUUCUAAGUCACCGAAUGAAAGAGUGUCUUAUGCAUCAAACCAGCCUCCCAACAAUGUAAAGAAAUCUAGACCAUUGAAUGGCUACAAUACAGAGAACGAUAAUAUUUCUGGGAAUAAAAAUGCAACUGAAAAUUUUCUUGAUCUUUGCAUGAAUAUUCCUGCACAGAAUGGCCAAGUAGAAACCUGUACUGGUGUAAUGGCUUCAGAAGACCAUACCAAGGGAACUGAUUGGCAGGAUUGGGCAGACCAGUUGAUCACGGUUGAUGAUACACUGGACUCAAAUUGGAGCGAUCUCCUUGUUGAUGUCAAUUUUCUAGAUUCAGAACCCAAGUUCCUGGACUUGCCACCGAACGCCUCUGUGCAUCCCCCACAAAUUCAUCAGCAGCACCAUCAUUCUGUGUCGAGUGAAAAAGAUUCUCCUGUAGGUAGCCUUCCUGCUGCUGCACCCUUGACUAAAGCACGGAUGCGUUGGACUCAAGAACUUCAUGAAGCUUUUGUGGAUGCUGUGAAUAAACUUGGUGGUAGCGAACGAGCUACACCAAAGGGUGUCUUGAAGCUUAUGAAUGUUGAAGGCCUAACAAUCUAUCAUGUGAAAAGCCACUUGCAGAAAUAUAGAACUGCCAAAUACAAACCGGAGACAUCAGAAGGAACUUCAGAGAAGAAGUUGAAUACGAUUGCUGAGAUGACAUCCCUCGACUUGAAAACGACAAUGGGAAUAACAGACGCACUACGAAUGCAGAUGGAAGUACAGAAGCAACUGCAUGAACAACUUGAGAUUCAACGAAAACUGCAAUUGCGAAUUGAAGAACAAGGAAAACACCUUCAGAUUAUGUUUGAACAGCAGAUGAAGAUGGAGAAGGAAAAGGAAAAGCUGAAAUCCAAUUCGCCUUCCCUUGAUAAGGAGAAACCCGAACCCGCGGAACUAGUGGCUGCUUCAAGUGAUGCCUUCAUUUCAGCGGCCGAACAUCCAAAUGACAUGCAAAAGUCGCCUGAAAGGAAUAAUGAACUGAGUCGACCAACAAAACGAGCCAAAUCUUAUGAAACCGGAGUACCGGCGCAUCAUCUUGAUUAACUUUUGGAUUGAUUGUGACUUUUUCCAACUGGCUAGGCAUCGAUGGAUGGGACUGAUUUGAAUAAUGUGGAUUUGCUUAAAACUACAAGAACCUGAAUCUAUUUCUCUAGUAUUUUGUAAAUAAUUAAGUAGUUUUAUUCAUUCAGUUUGCAUUAGAAUGGUAUUGCUUAUGAAAUGAAGGAUUAUUUAUGGUAUUAAGAAUUUGAAUUAGUACUGCUACUGGCAUGGUUUUGAUUGCAAACUGAAGUACAAUGUUGUCAACAGGGUCGUUAUU